AUGUCAUAUAGCUACCUCUUUAAAUUUAUAUUGAUUGGUGAUACAGGUAUAUAUGUAUUGUGCAUUCCAUUCAAGGUGUUGGCAAAUCUUGUCUCCUUUUGCAAUUCAUAGAUAAGCGAUUCAGACAGAAGCACGAAGUCACCAUUGGUGUGGAAUUCGGUGCAAGAAUGAUAGAGUUUGAUGGUUAGAAUAUCAAAUUGCAAAUUUGGGACACGGUAUUCUCAAUGACUUAGAUUGUUUAGGCAGGAUAAGAAUCGUUUAGAUCUAUCACUCGUUCCUAUUAUCGAUCGGCAGCUGGUGCAAUCAUUGUCUAUGAUAUCACUAAAAGGGAGACCUUCGAAAACAUCUCCAGAUGGUUAGAGGAAGCUAAAUAAAAUGGAAAUCCAAAAUUGACUUUUACUCUGGUUGGCAAUAAGAGCGAUUUGGAGGCAGAGUACAUUUUGAUUCUUAAUAUUUAUAUAGUCGAUAGGUUUCUUUUGAAGAAGGACAAGAAUUUGCAAGAAAUAACGGUAUUGACUUUGUGGAAGUGAGUGCUAAGACAGCCAAUAAUGUCGAAGAAGUUUUCCUUAAGACAGCCUAACAAAUUUUAGAAAAAAUUAAUAGCAAUCAAAUUGACCCAAAAAAUGAAAGUCAUGGAAUCAAAGUUGGAACUGAACAAGGAAUCAAAAAAUCGUUUAUUAAUAGUCCUCAGUAAUUGCAAUCACAACCAGAAGCUGAAGAUAAGCAAGGAACAUGUUGUUGAACCAGAU